UUAUUAUAUAAAUAAUAUAAAAUUAAAUUAAUAAAAUUAUUAUUAUAAAUUGUAAAUAUAAAAAAAUAUAAAAAAAUGUGCGACUCAGUUGAAUCAUACACUAUCGGUGCAAAGUACCGCACUGUAAAAAAGCGGCUUGACAGUUUAGGUUAUAAACAUUCGCUGUCUUUAGACUCUCUGAGCUUAGUUGAGCAGCUACUUGCUGAUUUAAUAAAAACAACUGAAAGUUUGAAGCAUUUUAAAAGUGUCGCUGUUAAUAAUACUGAGAAUCGCAAUCCUCAGAUCCGAUUCAAAGACGAGUCACUAGACGAGUGCAAUCGCUUGCACGAAGAAUUGCUUCAGUGCAAGGAAAGUAAUUUAAAAGUCACUAAAGAUUUAAAGAAAAAAAUCCAGCGGCUGGAGAGCGAGACAGCUGAUCUGCAGCUUGCAGCCUCCAGGAACUUGAAGAGGAUAAAAGAUCUGGAGGUUGAGUCUGCGAAUAAGUCUAAAAGGAUUCAGGAGCUCCUCGGCAAGUGUUGCAAGCCGACUGUCAGUAAUACACUAGGAAAUAAAAAACGAACUGUUUUUCCUUUAAGAAAACCAGUUUUAGAAGCCGACCCACUCCCAGUAGACGCUAGUGACAACAAUCGGUACAUAAAUCUCAGCAAAGUUGACCAGCGCAGUGUCGACUUGGUAGCAAUGGGAGACAGAAAAAUAAGUUCUUUGACCCACGAGCUGACUAAACUGAAGAACGAGCUGUCUCAACAGAAAGACAACAUUGUUUUAUACAGAGAGCAGCUGGCAUUGAAGGACAAGGAAGUGUACAGAUUAAAAAAAAUAGUAGAAGCUAAAAUCGGCAAUGACUGCACUUGCAGAAAGAACGAGCGGUGUGUCGAGUGUAAUUUACUCGGUUCGAAUAAAUUGUCUGAAAUAAACGAGGUGAGAGUUCUGCAGCAGGCGAAACUGAACCUGGAGCAGCAGCUGAGAGACGCUUUGGACAAGCAGCAUGACGCGAUGACCCAGGCGAUGAAACUCGCUGAGAGGAAUGAGGAACUGGAGAAAGAGUUGAAGGAUAUUGACCAUAUUGCCCUGGCUGUUGAAGCUGACUGCAAUUCUACUGUCAAGGAAAACAACAAACGCGUCAGCCAGCUUCAGGAAAAAUUGGAGAAGACCAUGGCUCAGAUCAGGCAGCUGGAGACCAAUUUGUUGGGUGAAAAACGGACGAGUCAGGAACUCAGAGCUGAUUUGGAGAGCUGCAGAGCUGAGAAAAGAAAUAUUCAGCGAUCGCUGGAUAAUCUUGAAGAGGAAAAUCGCCAGCUGACCAACAGGCUCAAUGAUUUGAAUAUUAUAGAACCUCAUUUGAAUGCCGAAAUCAAUAGACUAGAAAGAGUAAAUCAGAACCAAAGAUUCGAGUUAGCUGAGUUGAGAGAAGAGAAUAGAUUAUUGAAAGAGCAGUUAGAUAAUAAUAAAAGUAAUGUUAAGAAAAAUUCUAAGAGCAUUGGAAAAAUUGACAAAAGGAUGUCUCAUGACACUUCCAGCAAAGUAGCUGAGAAAGGAGAAAAGAUUAAACAAUUGGAGAAAACUAUUCAUCAGCUUGAAAGAGACAAAAAUUAUUAUCGUGAAGAAUGGAACAAACUUUUGAGCCAGAGGAAGGAUGCAGACACGACUGAAUUAUGGAGCCAAAUUUGUGAAUUAAAGCAACAAUUAAACGAAAAAGAAUUAAAAAUUAUGGAACUUCAACGAGAGCGCAAGGAACUUGCUCGGGAAAAAUUCGAGCUUGAAAAUAAGCUCAAAACUUGCAGAAGUGUCGGUUCCUGUGGUUGUUUUUCAGAGAACGGUUCCAGGAAUUCUCAAUUAAAGGUUCUGGAACGGGAACGAGACUCUGCACGCACUGACGUUAACCGCUUGACGGAAGAGCGCGACAUCUUGCGGGAGCGUCUUAAACUGGCGACGGACGCGCAUACAAGUGAACAAAGAAGGCUCCGGGAACGGCUCAGAGACUUGGAACUUAAGCUUGAAGAUGUGGAACGAGAGAAACAUAAUUAUAUUUUGUCCCAAGAGAGCCGCAGGUCUGCUGUUACUGGCUUGGAAGAUCAGUUAGAGGAUGUUAAGGAAGAAUUGAGGAGAACUAAGCAAGAGUUGACCUCUCAGAGGACUCAGUACUUUCAAUUGAGAGCAUUGCAGGAUCAGACAGACCAAGCACUAGGAGAUGUCCAAAGUCAAUUACAUCACUCAGAAGCUGAGUUAACAAAAGCGGUGGAACAUAGCCGUGAUAUGGAACAGCAGAACAUACAGUUGAAUAAUGUAGUCAAGGAACAGAAACAAGAAAUUAAUACUUUGAGGACUAGUAUGGCGAGAUUGGAUCGAGAAAAGGAUCAAUUACUUAUGGAACUUGAUGAAAAAACAGAAAAAAUUGCGGGACUAGAACGCGAAGUAAUGUUGAAAGAACAACAAGCUAGUGGGAUUGAGCAACAACUUCGUGACAUGCAGCGAAAAAAUCAGAUCUGCGUGGACCAGACGGCGGAGCAGGAGCGCCAGUUGCGCAACCUGCAGAUGGAACUGGAGAACAGCAGCCGACAGAUGGCAGCAGCGGCCAAUGACCGAGACAACGCUCUGAUGGAGAACCGACGGCUUCAAGAUGACCUAGCAGCGGUAACUUGCGAGUUCAGGACGCUCCAGCGUGAGCUGGAGGCUUCCAAGGCUGAGUCUCAUGACCUGAAGAGACAAUUGCAGACUUAUGUUAGUGAAGUUCGACGUGCUGAGGAACUGCUCAAUAGAAAGGAAAAUGAACGCACAGAAAUGUUGAACCACUACAGAAGUCUCAGUCUAGAAGCCACAGUCCUGGAAAACAACAACCACAGUUUAGAAUCUGAAGCUGCUGAAGCUAGAGGCGCGUUGCAGUCCGCGAGGGACCGAUUGGUCGAUCUGGAACGCCAAUUAGCCGACAAAGAUUGUCUCAUUAGAGGUUAUGAAGCUCAGAUAACAGAGCUGACUCAGAACGUCGCCAGCUUGGAGACUCAAAUUCGCCAGCAGCUGGAACAUAGAGGAACAGCGGAAACUGACCUGAACGCGGUUCGGGAUCUUUGUGUUCAGCUAGACCAACAAAAAGAGGCGCUAAAGAAGGAAAUUAAUGAUAAAGAUGCUAUUAUUGCACAAUGUGAAGCUAAACUGUCGAGAUUCAAAGCUGAGAACAAUGCUGUUCAUGAUCAGAAAAGCCGCGACCAUGUUACUAUUGAUAGGCUGCAGAUGCUGCUGGACCAGGCUCGUCGCGAGUCGAUUAAUUAUCAGAAGAACAACCAGGAACUGCUUAAUGAGAUUGAUAGGCUAAAACAACGGAUCGAUGAUUUGCAAAAUAAAUUGUCUUCGGAGUCUGCGGAACUUCAGCGCUGUCAGAACCAAGCUGCGGAAUACAGCAACCAGGUUGCGGAACUAAGGAGGAAAGUUACUGAUGAAAGGUUCAAUAGGGCAAGAACUGAAGAAAAACAUCGAAGAAGCUAUCCAUACAGUGACCAGAUGCACAUGUCAGGAGAACCAGCGCCAACGGGAGUGUCGCCAUCUUCUCGAGACUUCAUGCCCCAGGAACUAGGAACGAACAUCAGAUUUCGUGAUGACGGAUAUCCGGAUACUCUACGGGAUUUCACGGCAACGACAAAAGAAAGCGAUGUCGUUCCUGGUGAAAGUAUUACUGACAGUGGGUACAUAGUUCAUCAUCAAGAGGAACGACCAAGAACGCCAUCUAGGAAGAAGUCUUUACCCUGUGCCAAGAACUGUUGCACUGAAGACACUGUAGAUGGCUGCCCUGCUUCAAAGUGUGACAAAUCUGUUAGUACAGAUGCUGAAAAAACUAAAAGAAAAAAAACACAGACUGAUAAAAAUUUUAGACCGCGGCUUGUUGAUGCUGCAGUUUCGGUUCCUGCCGUUGCUGACGCUAGUGUCUCAAUUCAUGAGUUAUCUAAUUCGGUAGAAGAAAUUUCUGUAAUUCUAGACGUUCCUGAUGUUCCAAAUGUUCCUCAAGUUCCACCGGUUCCACAUGUUCCGAAUGUUCCAGUGAUUCCAUAUGUUCCACAAGUUCCAAAUAUUCCACCGGUUCCAAAUGUUCCAGCGGUUCCAAAUGUUCCAGAUGUUCCACGGGUUCCAGUGGUUCCAAAUGUUCCAGUAGUUCCAAAUGUUCCAGUGGUUCCAAAUAUUCCGAAUGUUCCUAAUAGACACCAAGACAACCGACUAGCUAAUGCAACCCAGCGUCAAGUUCCAGGAACAUCAAAAGACAAGAACACUGACACUGUUCCUGGAACAAGUGAAAUUCCCAAGAAGCGUGGUAGGCCUAGAAAAGACCCAGAUGAUUGCGGUUGUACAGUAGAAAUACAACUACCCAACUGUCGGGUCCAAGUUCCACCGGAACCACCGGAACAAGAUGAGAACGAGGAACCGUCUGAUCCCAGUGACUUGAUAAACAGAACUUUUGACCGAGUUCACGAUCUUACUAGAACGGUUCAAGACAAAUUAAACUCAAUGAGCUUCAGUGGAGAAGCUUCUCAACCUUCUAGAGGGCGCGAUUCAUUCCGUAGGUCAGGAACCUCUGAGAACGAAAAUGAAGUUGUCGUUGAAGAGUCUAGUACUUCAUUAAUCAUAGAGACGGGAACUAGACCUCGUGUUCCACCAGUUGACCGCAGGGUUCCUAGAACUGGGUUACGUUCCGGGGAAGUUCCACAGGUUUCUUCUGAACCUGCAAGGCCGGAACGGAUUCCAACGCCACCUACGCGAGUUCCAACGUCACCUAGACGUGUUCCAUCACCGGAACGUGUUCCAUCGGCACCUAGACGUGAUCCAUCGCCACAUAGACGUGUUCCAACGCCACCUAGACGUGUUCUGUCGCCGGAACGUGUUCCACCACCACAUAGACGUGUUCCAUCGGAACAUAGACGUGUUCCAACGCCACCUAGACGUGUUCUGUCGCCGGAACGUGUUCCACCACCACAUAGACGUGUUCCAACGCCACCUAGACGUGUUCCAUCCCCACCAAGACGUGUUCCAACCCCACCGGAACAUGAUCCACCCCCUCCUAGACGUGUUCCAACCCCUCCAGAACGUGUUCCACCUCCUCCUAGGCUUCCAGCGCAACCUAGACCUAGAAUUCCAGUUCCUUUCAAAUCUCAAGGACCUCCAGCGCCACCUAGACCUCCAAAACAAAAGAAACCUCCUAAAGAAAAACAAUGUGACCUUACUAGAUGUCACAAGUGCCCUAUGGUGCGCCCUCCGCGGCAGCACGUGCAAUUUCCCCGGCGAAAUCUUCAACCAAUCCACACUUCAAGCCCAGUUGCCAGCAGCCACGCCAUCUCGCGGCCAAACCACCGGUACCACUUGCGCUCUCAUGCUAAAACAGUUUACAAGAUUGAAAAUGGUGCUGCAAAAGUUAUUUCUCAGACCCGGGAAGAAAGUUCUAGUUCCGGAUCAGAGGUGGCGCGAGUGAGGAGAAAAAAAUCACGGAAAUUGUCGGAUUAUUCAGAUGUGUAAAAUUGUAAUUAAAUGUUUAAUAAAUUUGUUUUAUAA